UUUAUACAUAGUGUAACACCUACCAUUUGAGCAUCCUUUUCAAGAACAAGAGGAAUCAAUUUUUUCUUUGGAAAGUCUUGGAUGUUUAUGAGUAUAUGUUUUGAGGCAAUAUGAGGUACUCCAUUUUGAAGGGAUUCCUGGUGGUUUUGCUAAUACAAGACAGCACAACUGAAGGUGUGUCUACUCCCAUCCAGUUUUCCACUGAGGUCGCCUACCAAGAUGGACAGAACCUUCCACAGGAACCAGAACUGCUUAAUGUCCCUUUAGUGUCCCCUCCCAGCUUGAAGGAGGUUCAGCAGGCAAUGCAGGAAGCCUCAGAGCAAGUAAAGGGCCAUGGGGCAGAAGAAGUGUUGAAGGAACUGCUUGAGAGGGUAGUAGAGGCUGCUUUGGGGCAGGUAGAAGCAGGUGAUCAGGCAAAAGAUAUGGUUGUAGAGAAGGAAGGGGUAGAGGAUGAUUCUCUGGGGGUUAAAAUGAUAGAGAGUGAAACUGAAGAAGAAAUUGAAACACUGGAGCUACACUGGGAGGAGAGAAAUAUGAGUCUUAAGAUAGCAGAUAAUGGUUUUGAAGAGAGUAAGAUAGUAGCAGGGAAGGAUGCAUUAAAAAAUGUAGCUGGAGGGGGUAAAGAAGUUGUCAAAAAUGAGGGGGAAACAGUAGCUAGAUCUGUUGAGGAGACGAGAUUCAGACAAGCAGUGGGUUUGGAGGUUACUGAUGAGUCAUUACUGGGAACUAAAUUAACUCAAGAUGAUGUGGACAUAGCCUCAGAGGAGACAGAAGGGGAAUCAGAAAGAGGGAAAGAGGAUAGCGAGGAGCAGGUUGUGUUGAUAGUUCUAAAGAAUGCCACUGAAAGAGAAACACAGAAUGGAGAGGAAACACCAGCUACUGUGAAGGUGGCAGUGGGCAUUCAGCCAGAGCAGGAAACAGCGGAAGAGUCUACAGCUGGUCUUGGAGUGGCUGAAAAAGAGCAGACAGAGGAUAGCAGGAGAAAGGAAGCGGCUCUGCUUGAAAAAAGUCAAACAGACCAAACAAAUGGACAGAAAACAUCAUCUCAUCCUAAUGAUCAGGUAAUACAAAUAAAAACAGUCAUAGGAGAACCAAUAAAAGAACAGGGAGAAGUCAGGAGAGGAGAGAAUGUGGAUGAACUACAGAAAGCUGAUGACAAUGGUUUAGCAGAGAUAGAUGAGGAAGAAAAGGCAGAGGCAGUAGGUACAGAUAUAACGGAAACAAUAUUGGAGGGAAAAUACGGUGACGUGAUCAAGGAGGGAUCUGUGGCAGGAGGUGACAAUCCUGGAGAAGAGGGGCAAAUAGCUUCGGAGGAUUUGGAGCACAACAAAGAGGAUCAAGCAGCACUGGUGAUUCCUGGUCUACAAUCUGAGGAGUGCAAUAAAGACUUCAUAGAAAAGAGACCUGAAAAGCAACCCACUACCCCACACCCAUCAUUUGGUGCACGUGCAACUGAAUACAAUACUCUCAUUGAUGCAACAUCUAACCAUCACAGCAAGAUAAUCACCACAAAUCCUGGAUUUUUGCCACACAACCAUGGCAUGAACCAACCCACAAUGGAUAAGUUUGAGAAGGAUGUUUUUGCUGAAUACCAUCAGGCAACAGAAGACAAACCAAAAGGAACCAGAGAUGUAGUAGAAGAUAUACCUGGAGCAAGAGAGAAGAAUGUGCAAGGCCUUGAGGCAUGGAAGAUUGGGGCUAUUUUUACUGCAGUCUUCAUGGUUUUGGAGACUGUCGUCAUCAUUAUCUACAUCCUCAAAUGUCGAAAUAAAAAACGCACUCCAGCCGUGCAGCAGGCAUGUGAGGAAGGGUGUGUUGAACCAGAGGCAGCGGCGGGAGGAGACAGCAGUGACGACACUCUGCCAGCAGACAAUGGAAACUGUCAGGAGAUUGUCCGACUCGAUCCUUCUGAUGUGGCUUCAACCUUGGCCAUAAAAAGGGAAAAGCAAGAAGAUGAACAUGCAGUAGCCAUGUCAGACCACUCACUGAGCUCCACAGAGAUGCUGCCCAGCACAGGACCAGGAUCAGACUCUUCACAAGACUUCAGGACUUCUAUAUAAGACGUCAACUUUUCUCUGCUGCUUUAAUUAAACGAAAGCCAAAAAGUCACUUUCUUAUCAGCCAACCAAUUGCAGUCUACCAUGACAUUCUCCAAUUCUUACCAAAUCCUACACAGGUGGCAAUUGAGAAAACUGGAAGUUAUUAAAAGCAACUGUUUGGAUUAUUUCGCUCACCAAGUUCUAGGUCAGAACUGUUUCAGAACUAGACUGAUUUAAUACAACAGGGUUUUGCUUUGAGUUUGAUCCAGCAUAUUGGGUAAGGUUUUCAAACCACAAAAUGUUGGUUAAUGUGAUUCAUACCAGACAUUAGGUUUCCAAAAGGUUUGUUGAAAAUUGUAACCCAUAACCUGGAAAACUAAUAAUAUUUAGGUAAAAUUUAAUUUUAGCUAAUGUUUAAUCAUUCAUCCAUCUUCUAAAUAAACUUAGUUUGUGAAGUUGCACACUGUUGCACAGUGUCACAAAAUCAUAAUAAUAAUCUCUAAUAAUACUUUAUUAAAUAACUGAACUUACAAAACAAAACCUAUACCCAGAAUAUAGCACUGAAUAAAAUAUAUAUGACCAGUUCUUUGGUCAAAGUGUGAAUGGAAAACAUAGCUAGGACUAGGUUAUGCUAACCACUUAGCAGGUGAAAGGCUAUUGGUAUGAAGUGAACAAACCCGUUCUUUAGUGUGAAAUAUAUAUAUUCAAAUGGCAUCAACAUUAUUAUACAGCGUAAACUGACCAUCUUACCAUUUUAUUUUUCAUCCUGCGACAGGGGUUCUGUGAAGUCUCAAUAUUCUAUCUAUAGUUAAAAACUACCACCUUUAAAGAAUGUUAAGAUCCCUUCUUUUUUCUAACCCAACAAAUCAGGUCACAAUUUACUGCCCAACUUCUUUGCUAACACUGAAAACCCAGCAUUUGGGUUAAAGAAAAAAAUCCAGCUUUACAUAUAUGCUUGCUGAUGAUAACUAUGUAUAUGUCUUUUUGUGAAUAGCUAAAACUAAGAGGAAAAAUAUGCUUUUAGGUGCUACAAUCUGUACACAUGAAGGUUUGUGCAUGCGAUUUAAUUUUUACUGACAAAACUGUACAGUAAAUGGGUUGAUAUCUGUAAUGUUUUGUUUAAUUUGGGGUGAACAUUUUUUUUUCAUACUCUAAUGCAAUCCUCUGUGGCCAGAACAUAAAUGGCAUCUCACUAAAAUUACCCAAACAUUAAAAAAAUAACAACUUCUUCCCAUAUUUUGAUACUUGAUUGAAUUCAUGUUCUGCAUCAUUUCAGAUUGUGAUAUUAAAGCAAUGCAUUUUAAUGUGUCUUUCUCUUCAGACAUCCCUUUGUAGAUCAGACUGGAGUUUGUUCACAUGCACCACCAAGAAUGUCUUCCCAGUCACCUGCCUAACUUGACUCAUAAGAAGUCAUUGUUGUUG